AUGAAUCGAGGGGAAGUAAUGGAUCCCCGCUCAUCGGACAGCACUGGGUCCGAUCAACGGCGAGUCCAUGCCGUCCCGCCAACUCCAAUGUACCAAGGUGAAACAAAAAUAUUGGACUCACUUCUAAAAGAGGCUCAGCUGAAUCCAAGUCUGAAAGCGAGUGUCAUGAAUCACCAAGCACAGUCUAAAAGCAAAGAAGAAGAUGAAAAGCGGUUGCAAAAAAUGCUUGAAAAAUAUCAACUGGAAAUGAACAUGCAGAGAGCGAAUAGUAGGAAAGAUUUGAAUUCGUGCGGAUCAGGUGCUUCACCAAUUAGUCACUCCCAACCAUGUCUUAUUGCAAGUGGAUCUCGAUCAUCAGAUAUCCCUCCCACUGAACCCAAAAUGAGUGCGUCAGCAUACCAACGACGUGCGUCUGCAUCUGGAGAUCAAGCCCUCGACGUCCCCACUUUAAGCCAAACGAACAGAAGUGUAUCUAGCAACCAAAAGCUUAUUCAAAUUUUACGGGAGGAAAAUGUGCACUUGAAAAAAGAGCUAGACGCUUUCAAACGGAGUCUCUCAAAACUACAGCAGAUAGAAUAUUCUUAUGCUCGACUGGAAAAAGAGUACGAAUAUUUGGCGAACGAGAGGAAAAAGCAGGAAAAUCUAGAAUUGAAUGUGAUUAUUCAAUUGGAGAAAUCAGUAAAGAGACUUACCAUUGAAAGAGACGAUCUUCAAAUCCGACUAGAAAAGGCGAGUGCUGAACCAACGAUGGUGGCCAAUCUGAUGUUAAAUGAAAUUCAGCAAAGACAAGAGCUGUUUGCUUGCAAAGAACGACAAAAAAUGGAGAUUGAGGCGCAGAAUCAGACUUUGGAGGAGCAACGAAAUCAUAUUGCGAUGCUUGAGAAAGCACUAGCCAACUCGCAAGAGCGUCUUGCAAAACGAGAGAAAAAAUGCGAUGAGUUGUCAGUUGUGGUUUCGCAUGCCGACGAGUUAAGGAAGCAACUGAACGAAGUAUGGGAGGAACAGCAACGAAGGGAUCAGAUGGUUGAGUCGGAACGGGCUCAGUGGGAGAUGGAGAAGACACAGUUGAGAAUGCAACUGAACAAAGACACAUCACUCACUGGAAGUCUUAAGAGGACAACUACGCCAGGCAGUACUGAAGAUCUUAUAAGAAUGCGAAAAAGCAUUCAAUCUAAAGACGAGAAAAUUCAGCAGCUGGAGAGGAUGGUGAACGAUUUACGAAAAACCUUGGGAGACGAAACGGAGCGUCGUAAAUCAACACUAGCUACUAUUACUGACACAUUCGAAGCACAAAUUGACAAACUAAAGGAGGAAAAUUAUGAAAAAGAUCUGAUCAUAAACGAGCUUAGGUCGGAGAGGGACAAGUAUGCAGGGAUGGUGGAUAAAAAUAGUGGCGACGAGGCGUUGAGUAGGAUGGAGGAAAUCAGGCAAAAAAUACAGGAAAGGAAGAAAAAAGGACGAAUGGGAGUGACUGGAGGAUUGUCGGAACAUGCCAGAACAUCAUCCGGAUCCAUGUUGCAGCACUCAUUACAUCGAAGAUCCUCCAGUGGCUCCUCAUUCGAUCCUGUUCCAACGGCUCCAAUCCAGUAUAACAUGUUUAAAAAUACAAAUAAUAACAAGUCAAUUCAUAUGGAUAACCAGUUUCACUAA